AUGUCCGACCUACCUGAUGAGAUAUGGAUUCAGAUAUUCGACUACAUCGACUCUGAGCAGUUACUCCGGAUUCAGUCCGUUUGUAGAAGGCUGCGGCGGGUCGCUCGAGAUGCCAGGUUAUGGCGAGCAAAAUGCUUCGAAAAGGCGCCAAGCGCUGUUCAUGCUUUCAAGGCAAACGAAGACUCUCUCUCAGAAUUGUUAAACAGCCUAUCCCUUACACAGGCUGGUAGUACUCCACAACCGUCCUCUAGCAAUGAUGUAGCCAGGUCGGCUGUGGGCAUGAGUCGUCGCGCUCAAGCCAUUGCAAAUUGGGACUACACCGACGGCCGAGAAAGAAUCGAUUGGUAUAGUGAAUACAUGGCUCGUCAUGCACCUCUUCAUAUGGAAUGGGCUCAGAGUUCUGACACUACUGAGAUAAAAAAUGUAGCAUUGUUUGACGACCAGCAGAAAGUUAUAGGGGCUACAGAGGAUGGUAACAUCCGGAUAUGGGACAUUCAACAGACAGCGAACGGCAGAAGAAGCUUCCACGAAUCGUUUCGAAGUCACGACAAUCUGCUGUAUGCAGGGUUCGAAGUAGACAGUCCAUCCUCAAGCAGUACGCCUAUGCAACAGCCCACGAUUGGCAAUGCGGUCGAUAGCAUACUUGUCCAUCAUUCAGGCACGAAGGUUUAUGUUGCCGUUGAGGAUAGACUGAAUGAGAUUGAUUUAAAUACAAUGGCUGUUGUGUCCCAACAGAAAUGGGCAUGGAACAUCACUGCAAUAUCUCAACAAUCCAGUGACGAGUCUGCAGUCAUGGUUGGCACGUCAUAUACUCUCAACAUGUAUGACCCUCGAACCAUACUGAGGAAUCAGUCACAGAAUAACGAUGAGAAAGUCGACGUCGACUUGCAAGAGCGAAAUACUGUUUUCCUACCAAACUACGCCAAGUCUUGGCUGGCUUCUCAACCUCGCUCGGGUCCACGACGACGCCAGGUCUCAAUGAGGGCACGGGUACCUACCAGCGGUAUCUCACGACCAGUCUAUACUUCACGCAGAGCAGAUCCAGAAGUGUAUGCUCCCGUAGAACCUGGCCCACAAACGAUUCUUCACCGUGGCCCGAACGACAUUGUUGUAGCUGGUCGCAUGCCAAGCAUACUCUUCUACGACAAGAGAAGCUUCCCUAAGCUAGAAUCCGUCAUACAUUCAGGUGCACGACUGUCGUCCCUGACUAGUCUGGAGUAUCCUCCUCGAGGUGCCACGAGCUUAACGGCGGAUGCUACCCUCAUUGCUGCAGGAGAAUACCACGGUCGUGGUAGCUUGGAACUAUAUGAGCUCCCGCAUACCCGUCUUACUGACCCACAAGCUACUUACGAUGUACCUCCUGCUCAAGACACCGACUCAGAACCAGCACUCCCGUCCACUGACGACGCUGGGGAGUCGAGCAGAACGACAGCAACCUCUGAACCAUUCUCAUACCGCAAUAGACAGUCGUCGUCCUCUGCAAAGCUUCUUUCUGUCGUCACUCAAGGCUCUCGUAUCGUCUAUUCUGACACCGAAGGUGGUAUCAAGUGGGUUGAGCGUGACGGACGUGGCCUAGCAAGACGUUGGAACAUCAACAGCUAUGAAUAUACACACGCAGGUGGCGCAGUGGUCGGUGACUACGUUGCUCGCAAAAUGCUCACCUUCUCAUCAGACGAGCAAUACACAUCUGGCAGUCUCGCAGGUAUGAAGCGUGGUGAUGGAGACAUCCUCAUCUGGACAGGCACUCAUAUCGGUCUCGUGACGAACAAAGUCAAAUGGACAGUCCACGAUGAACUUAUUGCAGCUUUUGAGGAAAAGAUGAGUCUGGAUGAAAGUGCACAAGGACAGUCUAGUAUGCGAUCAGCAGAAGAAAGCAGGAGACAGGAGGAGGAGUACGCACGGAUUAUGAGACGUGCUCUCGAAAGGCAAGCUGAUGAAAGAAGGUUCCUGGCUAGAUUUGGAAGGAUGAGUGGAUAG